AAUCUGUUGGUUCCUAUUUUUCCAAGAAUGGCAGAUGCGCUUGUUUCCGAUAUCUUGGGGCAGCUAGCAACAAUCAUCUCCAAAGAGGCAGAACGAGAGGUUAAACUGGUCACUGAUGUUGAGAAAGAAAUCAACAAGCUCAGCAGCAAUCUUGAGUCCAUCCAGACUUUGCUUCAGGAUGUUGAGGAAAGGCAGAUCAAGGAUAGAAGCAUCCGGAAUUGGUUGACCAAGCUUAAAGACGUAUGUUAUGACAUGGAAGAUGUGUUAGAUGAGUGGAACACUGCUCUUUUAAAGUUCGAAAUUGAUGAAGCAGAUCUGGAAAACUUUGAUCUUUGCAAGGUAUGUUGUCCCUUCAUCCCAUGUUUUUCUUUUGGUCGUCAAGUUGUUCAUCGUCGUGACAUUGCUCUUAAAAUAAAAGAAAUCAAUGAAAGAUUAGAUGUGAUUGCAAAGGAGAAAGAUAGUUGCGAUAUCAUGACCAUGAACUCCGUCCGUAAAUUUCCUCCAGAACAGCUGAGUGACAGUGUAUGUUGGAAGAUAAUUAGCCAAGAAGCAUUUGUUGGAAGGGAUGAGGAACAAUGUAAAAGUUUAGAGGACAUUGGAAAGAGGAUUACAGAAAGAUGUAGUGGAUUGCCACUGGUUGCAAAGACUCUAAGAGGCAUGUUGCGGUUCAAGAAGACAAGCGAUGACUGGAAAAAUAUCUUGAACAGUGAGAUAUGGCAGUUAGAUUUGGUAGAAAAUGAAGUAUAUGUUCCUUUACUGUUGAGUUUCUUUGAUUUGCCCUCAGCAUGGAUGGCACAAGGUUGUUUAAGUUCUGAUGAGAAUGCGGAGGUGGAAAUUACAGGAGAUGAGUACUUUGAUUGCUUGGUGGAACGGUCCUUCUUUCAAGAUGUUCUAAGAUUAAAUGGUAUCACAUUGGGAGGCAAGAUCCAUGACAUAACAGUUGACUUUGCCAGAUUUUUUAUGGGAAAUGAAUUUGUGUCCAAAGAUCUCCAUUCUGUUGUGAAGCUUUCUUUAGAGAAAACGCGCCAUCUAUUGGUAAGGCAGAUGUCUGGGACAAGUUUUCCUAUGCUUCUUGGCGCAGAAAACUUACGGAGCCUGACCAUCUUCGACAUUCACGAAAAAGAAAACCAGUCAACGGAGCCUGAUCAUCUCCGACAUUCAUGAAAAAGAAACCACUCAAGCUUUGUGCAAAUUAUUUAUUGAACCAAAACGUGUGCGUUCAUUGAAUUCCCAUAGGGGUCGUGUUAUUGGUGGAUUGCCAAAAGAAGUAGGCAAAUUGCUGCACCUUAGAUCGCUUGUCUGACAGUAUGUUCCUAAGUUUGCCUGAAGCAGUAUGCGAAUUAUGUAAUUUGCAAUCUUUACUUAGGCCGUACUGUAAACUUCUACGGGAAUAAGAUGGAGAAGUUGGU